CUCUCCAGAUGAGUUAGUGGAGUCCACAGCACCGAGACUGGAUGGUUCCGUCCUGUGGUGCAAACUUCGGGCUGGUGCAAACUUCGCGGCUCAGCCCGGUAUGAUCGUUUGCAACGUGAGCCUGAGCUGUGUGCACUGUCCCGGGGGAGGAGCCGGUGGCACCGCGGCGACCGCGACGGACGCGUACGAGGAGGCGUCCGGUUCUCUCCCUCCUCCGUCCCUGAGCCCGAAGGGGCACCUGGUGGUGGCGGUGUGCCUCGGCUUCAUCGGCACCUUUGGGUUCCUCAGUAACUUCUUGGUGCUCACGCUGUUCUGCCGGUACCGGGCUCUGCGCACGCCCAUGAACCUUCUGCUGGUGAGCAUCUCUGCGAGCGACCUGCUGGUCAGCAUGCUGGGCACCCCGUUCAGCUUUGCGGCCAGCACCCAGGGGCGGUGGCUGAUCGGACGCGCUGGGUGCAUUUGGUACGGGUUCGUUAACGCAUGUUUAGGCAUCGUCUCACUGAUCUCCCUGGCCGUCCUGUCCUACGAGCGUUACUGCACCAUGAUGAAGCCCACCAUAGCCGACGGCAGAAACUUCCGCCCAGCGCUGGUAGGGAUCACCUUCUCCUGGCUCUACUCUGUGGCCUGGACUGUACCUCCACUGCUGGGCUGGAGCAAAUACGGGCCCGAGGGUCCGGGUACCACCUGCUCGGUGGACUGGAGGACCCAGACGCCUAACAACAUCUCCUACAUCGUCUGCCUGUUCACCUUCUGCCUGGUACUACCGUUCGUCGUCAUCCUCUACUCAUACGGCAAGCUGCUGCAAGCCAUCAGACAGGUGCGCGUUGUGAGCUCAGCGGCGACGCGCCACAGGGAGCAGCGGGUGCUGGUGAUGGUCGUCGUGAUGGUGGUGUGCUACCUGGUCUGCUGGCUGCCCUACGGAGUGGCUGCUCUGCUCGCAACAUUCGGCCCCCGAGACCUUUUGACACCGGAGGCGACCAUCACGCCGUCGCUGCUGGCCAAGUUCUCCACCAUCAUCAACCCUUUUAUCUAUAUAUUCAUGAACAAACAGUUCUACAGGUGUUUCAGGGUGUUCCUUAGGUGCUCCACACCUGAGCGAGGCUCCACCUUAAAGACAUUUUCACGGCCGACCAAGACGCUCCGCACCGCCCGCCAGGAGAAAGAACGCCGCGUGUCUCCUCCCGCCAACUCCAUCCAAAGGUCUUCGCAGGGAGCCAAUCACGUGUCUCCGGCCCCAACGCCAUCUAUAUCGUAUCGACGCUCUGCUGCUUCGUACGCCGCUGCUGCUGACACCCCCAAACCCAAACUGAUUCUGGUGGCUCACUACAGGGAAUAGCAACAGAGGAACAACAACAACAUGGAGCUGAAGGUUUACAGAAAGUAAAGUGACGAGCAGGGCGCACGUCUCCAAUUAACAAACAAAUCCUCUUAACAGUAGAAAAGUCGGAGCCGCCGUGGGACUCUUAAAUACUAACUGGGACGUUUUAAUUCCAGAACAUCCCAGGUCACCAGUGCUCUGUGAAGUCGGCCAACUGGGAUACACACAAAAUGGCAGUCACAUCCUGUUUACCAGAGGCCCUGUAUAGAAGAAUAGGACUAAACAUAGUGCUUCAUCUUCAGAUAACACACGAAAAAAAACCACAGAAAUAUAGGUCAAGCUUUGUGCAGGAUUUGCUUGAUGAAGUAUCUUUGUUACUUCACUAAAUAAUGUUCUUUCUUAAUCUGAGAAACUAUUCAGGAACAAUUUGGAGAAGCACAGCGUUCUGUGGUGGAGAAUUCAAUUCAAUAAACGGGGGCAAUGAGAUAUUUUGUCGGCUCAAGCGUGUAGCUACUGUUAGCAGGAUUAUUCUUUCUUUUUUUCUGCGAUAAUUCGGUUGAAGAACUGGGUAAGCAUUUUUUUCCUGACCCCAUUUCCAUGCCUGAUGUUUGAGGAUUUGAUACAGAGUAUUAAAGAUUUGUUGAACAAUUUCAUGUAAUUUAGAACUGAGAAGAUUUUUAUUAUGCCUUUAUUUACACUUUGCUGCAAAUAGGCCCUGUGUCGUCGAUGCUGAAAGGCAUAAAAAUGGACAUUUCACUAUGUUAUGAGGGACAUGUAAAGAGAUUUCAUUGUUUUGCAUUAUCUUGUUCUUUCUAAAUCUGCUGUUUCUCCUUGUUUAGUGGAAACGUAGUUUUGUGUUGUCUCCCAAUGUAUUUGCAUUUGCUUAUGUUACAUAAAUUAAAUCAUGU